GGAUGUCCCUGGAGAAGGGGCUGGGGAGGUGCCACAGCACCGGCUCUGGUUCAGGGGGGUGGUUCCCUGUGUUUCCUGGGAUUUGGGGCUCAUCCAGAGUCUCCCAAACACCAGGGAAGGAGGGGAGGGGAGGGGAGGGAGCAUGGAAUGACCUUGAUUUGGUGGGAGAGCUCUGGACCUUCUGUGGUGGGACAAGGAAGGUCCUUGUCCCUUGCCUUUGGAAGUGGCUCCAUUCAGGCUCAGUGUCCGUCCUUGUCUUGCCACGGAAAUCAAAGUCUCUUCCAUGUGUUCUGUAGGGUUUUCCACGCGUUCUGUAGGGUUUCCCAUGUUUUCUGUAUAGUUUUCCCUGUUUUCUGGAGGGUUCUCCAUGGUUUUUGUGGGUUCAGUCCAGGCUGUGUCUCUGAGGGAUCUCGGGAAUGUCCCCAAGCUCCGGGAAUGGGGCUCAGGGCAAAUCCCUGCUCUGGAACUGAACUUCCAGAACAUCCAGUGUGUCCAAAUGUGCUGGGAUCGGCGGGAUUGGAGGAAUUCUUGAGGAAACCUCUGGAGACACCUGGACCUUCCUUCUGGGAGGUUGUGGAGCUCUCCCUGAGGAGUUUGGAGGCAGCUGAGCCUCCAUGAAACCCCAGCCUGUGUCAUGCCUUCCCACUUCCAUUGGCACGGGGGGUUAUUCCAGAGCUCGGAUGCAGCGAAUCCUUGGUGGCCGAGCAAAGUAGGAACACGGAGCUGGAGACCGCUUGAAACCUCCCGAGGGAUCUAUUUUGGAAGUUGGAAAACCUGGAGAUGCGUUAGAAUUCCCAGCCCUCCUUUUCCUAAGGAGUGUCGGGAUAACGGGAAGCGGGAGCUCCUCCAGCUCAGGGGGGGUUGGGGCUUUCCAGCCUAAAUCCUGGAUUUCCAGAGCUUUUCCUUCGCCCUCCUCGGACCGUAUGGUGUGAAUAUGCGUUGCUUGGCAGCUCGGGUCAACUACAAGACUCUGAUCGUCAUCUGUGCCCUGUUCACGCUGGUGAUGGUGCUGCUGUGGAACCGCUGCUCCUCGGACACCUCCGGCCCCUUCCCACGGAUCCCGCCGGGCCUGGAGCGCCGCGGGAUGGCCGAGGACGAGCCCAGGCAGCACAGUGAGGAGACCUCCCCCCAGGAGCAGCAGAAAGCCCCUCCCGUGGCCGGGGCAGGCAGGGCCCCCGCGCCCAAGUACGAGGAGAUUGACUGUGUGAUCAACGAGGAGCACACCGUGAAGGGCAGGAGGGAGGGCAACGAGGUGUUCCUGCCCUUCAGCUGGGUAGAGAAAUACUUUGAGGUUUAUGGGAAAAUUGCUCAGUACGAUGGUUAUGACAGGUUUGAAUUCUCUCAUAGCUACUCCAAAGUAUACACACAGCGGGCUCCCUACCACCCCGACGGGGUCUUCAUGUCCUUCGAGGGCUACAACGUCGAGGUGCGCGACAGGGUCAAGUGCAUCAGCGGGGUUGAAGGAGUUCCCCUCUCCACCCAGUGGGGGCCCCAGGGCUACUUCUACCCCAUCCAGAUCGCCCAGUACGGGCUGAGCCACUACAGCAAGAACCUGACGGAGAAGCCGCCGCACGUGGAGGUUUAUGAGACUGCUGAGGACAAGGACAGGGGCAGGGCCGGGGACUGGACCGUGCCCAAGGGCUGCUCCCUGACCACGGUGUGGGACAAAGCCAAGCUCACCGGGGUCAAACAGUUCUCUGCUCCAGACACCAGUGAGGGGGUGUCCCUGCAGCUGGGGAACACCCGGGACUUCAUCAUCUCCUUUGACCUCAAGUUCGUGACCAACGGGAGCAUUUCAGUGGUGCUGGAGACGACGGAGAAGAACCAGCUGUUCACAGUGCACUACGUGUCCAACACGCAGCUCAUCGCCUUCCGCGACAGGGACAUCUACUACGGCAUCGGGGCGCGCACCAGCUGGAGCACCCUGACCCGGGACCUGCUCACCGACCUGCGCAAGGGCGUGGGGCUCUCCAACACCAAGGCCGUGAAGCAGACCAAGAUCAUGCCCAAGCGGGUGGUCCGGCUGGUGGCCAAGGGCAGGGGCUUCCUGGACAACGUCACCAUCUCGGCCACGGCGCACAUGGCCGCCUUCUUCGCCGCCAGCGACUGGCUGGUGAGGAACCAGGACGAGCGGGGCGGGUGGCCCAUCAUGGUGACCAGGAAGCUGGGGGAGGGCUUCAAAUCCCUGGAGCCGGGGUGGUACUCGGCCAUGGCGCAGGGCCAGGCCAUGUCCACGCUGGUGCGGGCCUACCUGCUGACGCGGGACGCGGCCUUCCUGGGCGCGGCCCUCAGGGCCACCGCGCCCUACAAGCUGCCGGCAGAGCAGCGCGGGGUCAAGGCCGUGUUCAUGAACCGGCACGACUGGUACGAGGAGUACCCCACGUCCCCCAGCUCCUUCGUGCUCAAUGGCUUCAUGUACUCCCUCAUCGGGCUCUACGACCUGAAGGAGACGGCGGGCGAGAAGCUGGGCCGGGAGGCGCGGCUGCUCUACGAGCGUGGCAUGGAGUCCCUCAAGGCCAUGCUGCCGCUCUACGACACCGGCUCGGGCACCAUCUACGACCUGCGCCACUUCAUGCUGGGCACGGCGCCCAACCUGGCCCGCUGGGACUACCACACCACCCACAUCAACCAGCUGCAGCUCCUCAGCACCAUCGACGACUCGCCCAUCUUCAAGGAGUUCGUCAAGAGGUGGAAGAGUUACCUGCGGGGCGGGCGGGCCAAGCACAACUGAGCUGCCACCAAAGCCGGGUGACAGCCCCGCUUCUCUACGGACCCUUCAAAGAAGUGAUCCUUAGAACUGCUCUCCUGAAAUCACUGCAUUCCAGGGUGGGAACCUUUGGGUCCGAGGGGUGGGGCCGGGGAGCGUCACCCGUCCCCUGCGCUCGCAAAGUGAAACCCCCCCCGUGCUCCUGAGUCUGAGGCUGGGUUUUGUCGGGUUUUAGUUUUCCUUUUUACAGGAAAAUGUUUGCAGAAGCCAUAGAGGUCUCGAAAGUCCCGCAGGCCUCGCCUGAAGAGUUAAUCCGUGGCCUCUUAAACUGAGUUUAUGUGUCUCUGUGGGAACAGCUCCUGUGGUGUGACGCCGUCGAUGUGACUUCACUCGUAGCCUGGGUAGUGCACAGUGUAUCUUUUAAAGGUGGGGGUGUUUUUUAAUAGGAAUUCUUUUCUCGGGGUGAAAAAUACACAUUUUUAAGUUUUUCCCCAGUCCUCUGGCUGGAGAUCCUUUAGCUGGAGGGUUUCUCCCCAGACGUGUGGGCAGAGGACGCGCGGCCGGCGCCACGUAAGCACAACUCGGUGGGGCUUGCGGGGCCUCAUCACCCCCAGGUUCACCAUCACCCCUCACUGGUGUCACCUCGGAGCUUGGAUCCCUCCUCUGGAGCCUGAUGUCCUGUCUUGGGUUUUGUGAUUCCCUCUGAGAGGUUUCUCUGAGCUUUGGCCACUUCUUUUUGGGGAGACUUGUGGCGAGUUGCUGAGCGGGACGUGGAGCUCGUCCGAGUUGCUCAGGAAAUUCAGUCGGGGUUAAUGAAGGUUUUCCUGGGGUGAUUUUAAUUUUUAACCUGCUCGAUCCAUCAAGCAUUUUAGAAAUUGAAGUUACCCCAGAGGGCUUUGCAGCUCUGCCUGGGCUUUAAUUCCUGAGAGGUUGUGGCUGCCCCAUCCUUGGAAGUGUCCAAGGCCAGGUUGGACAGGGCUUGGAGCAACCUGGGCUAGUGGACGGUGUCCCUGGGUUAGAACUGGAUGAGCUUUAGGGUCUUUCCAUCCCAAACCAUUCCAGGAUCCCGUGAUUCACUGUCUUACAGUGUAAGGGGUCAUUACACCUCCAGCAGUGGCUUCUUGGGUGUGAUUUGCUUUGUGGCUCUGCCAAGUGACCAGUGGUCCCUGUGCACUUCCCAACCCACACAUCCUAACCCACACACUGGGAUGGAGAAGAAACCAGGUGGAUUCUUCCCCUGUUUCCCAGUCCUUUACACCCACAUUACUCUGAGGUGUCUGGGGUGAUCCAGAGGAGUCAAACCAGCCCAUGGCUGAGGUUCUCUCCGACCCCAAACUCCCAGAGAGGACACGGAUUGACUGUGGGGCUCCCACUUCUCCCAUUCCAUGCUGUCCAUGGAGGUGGGGCUUCAGGUGUUCACCCAAACCCCAGGGAGGCCGGGCACGAGGACAACAUCCAUCUGCAUUUGAACAUUGCUUUGAUUUUUGAUGCUUUUUGGGAUUUCUGGCGGAGAUUUGAAGCAACUUUUGAAUUACUUGAUGUUCCAGCCCACGGUCCCACCACACGGAUCCGUGUGGGAUUUGGGGGUGGAGGAGGAAUUUCAAUACCAAAGGUAGCAGAGGUGAUUUUUGUUACGUAUCUGUGCGCACACAAAACCACCCUAAAAACGUGCUUCCCCCCCAAAAAACUGGUCCUUCCUGCGACAUCUCCCCCCUGCUUCCUCCCUCUACUUUGUCCCCGUUUGGGAGUUGGGGAAUCUGGAGACACCCUUUGGGUGCUGCUCAAGAGAUGGUUUUGGUGCCUUAUGGAGGCCACAAUUUCCAAUUUUUGUUGUUUUUUUUCUGAAUUUCAUCCAAUUCCAGGAUUGGAGUGUGGCUGAUCCAGCCGUGCCAACACCAUCGGUCUUGUCCCACCACCCGAUCCUUAACAUCCCAUUGCAUUUUCUUGGCCUUAGCACAGGUGGAACUCCAAGGAUGCCCCAGCAGAGGUGGUAGAACAGUGGAGAAUCCGUGUGGAGUUUCUCCUGGCAUUCCCUUAGUUGAGUUGAGUGGCAGAGGAUCAUUGGACACGGCGCCAACGCCAGCGGCGCCCAAAACUCCAUCAAAUCCAUUUCAACUGGGGGUUUGUUUUUUUUUUUUUUUGUUGAUUUUCACUCUCCAAACUGACACAAAGAUCUUUGGCACUGAGCCCUCGGACUCCAGACCCUAAUCCGAGCUCUCGGAGCCUCGGAUCCGGCGAAUCCUCCCGCGGGAUUUGCCGUCCCCGGGCGGCAUCGGGAGCGUCGCGCUCACAGAUCCCCCGACCGGUGACACAAGCACAACCCUCCCAGCGGGCAGGUGCCAUUCCCUGGAAGCUGCCAUUCCCUGGAAGCUGCUCUUCCCACCCCCUUCCUCGUGGGGCUUUGGUUUGCCGGGUUCUCCCUGCGCCGCCGUGGCCGGGCGGGCUCUCCCCGUGUGGUAAAUAUGCAAUAACUUGUUUACAGGAUGCUCUGGGCAGGGUGGUCCUUUGUAAAGCUGUACAGCCUUUGCAGUUCAAGCACAAUGUGCACAGUUAGUUUUCUAUUCAGCCAAACCUGAGUUUUUUGCAGCAGGAAGAGGUUCCUCUAUGUUUCUAUACGACGUGAAAAUGGGUCAGCGUUUGUGCUUCGUGUAAAAGCUGCUUUAUAAGACUGUAAAAUAAAUUUUUUUAUCUUAAGGCAA